AUGGCUGCUGAACGUACCGAUCAGCCGUCGGAAGGCGUGACGCCUUCCGUAUCCCACGUCUAUAAACCCUUGUCUAAUGCGGAGGAAUAUCCUUUGGCGCUAACCGGUAACGAUCUGUCGCGGAUGUCCAGCCAUGCUGGCAUCGCAACUGCCGAUGGUUUUGCGCCGGCACGCGAUGGUGAGGAAUAUAACGAGGACGAAGAUUCUGAAGGAGACUAUGUUGCGCUGAGUCCUGAAGAGAAGAGCGAUCUUUCAUAUUGGUUCCGUCAGCAGCCAGCCCGCCAGCACUCGAAACUGGAUGAGCUGCAUCCGUUCGUGCAGACUCUGAACCUGUCCAAUGUGGAUGACUGCGUGAAGGUUGAAAGCGCUUUUCCGGAGAGUGAGCGCUGCUCACGAGAGAAAUUCCUAUACCGCCUUACCAAAUGUCCGGAACUAAGCCUGGGUCUCUUCACAAUGCCAGUUCUCAAGGAAGGCCAACCAAAGCCCCAGCCAACUUUGAUCGCACACGUCAUCGCCACUCGGACAUCGGCACCUCGCGUGACGGACAGGUCCAUGCAACUACCAUCGAACUGGAAGACAGAGCGCGAGUCGUUUGAGAACGGACAGCUGAUCGGACACGAAGAAUAUGGGAGGACAGUCGCUGUCCACUCCCUAGCGGUGUUGCCCGAACAGCAGGGCAAGCAUGUUGGCUCCACUUUGAUGAAAUCGUACAUCCAGCGCAUCAAGGAAGCGGGUAUUGCAGACUCCAUAGCCAUCAUUGCUCACGAGCACCUGAUUCCGUUUUAUGCUUCGCUUGGCUUUGAGAAUAAGGGCCCCAGUGCAUGCCAGUUCGCCGGUGGUGGCUGGGUCGACUUGGUCUAUGAUCUCUCUGAGUGGUGA